AUGGCCCUUCAAUACUUCUUCACAGGCUGGACCCACCACAACUCGUACCAAAUCCUCCCGAACGAUUCUGCUCCUCGACGAAAAAGCAAUUUCUUCCAUAGAUAUGCUUUGCCUGCGACAUUGCUCCUGCUCCUGGCUGCGACGAUAUUCCUCCUGGUCGAGGUCAAUCGCUGGCGGCGAAUAUAUAGCCCAUUUGACGACUAUCAACCACUGAAUCCCUUCCCCGUCGUACACGCUCAAUCGAACGUUUCAAAUCCGAACGCCCUGGCCGUUGUCUCCACCCUUUACUCAAACAACUACGCGAUAGCCACCGCGGUGCUCGCCCACUCCAUCCGUCGCGCGAAAUCCCCUGCGCGCCUCAUUCUGCUGUACAUCGACGGCCAAGUAUCCGAGGAAGCCCUCUGCAUAAGCAGUUCCGCUGGAUGGGAAUUACUAGCCGUUCCUCGCAUCGCCCCUCCACGCGGUGGCAAGGGCGUGCGGUGGCAUUUCAUCGACCAAUUUACGAAGCUCCACGUCUGGUCGCUCGACAAGAUGGGCGUCGAACGUCUUGUUUAUCUCGAUGCAGAUACGCUCGUCCGUCAGAAUUUCGAUGAGCUGUUCCACCUUCCUUUCGACUUUGCUGCCGUCCCCGACGUUUACGGCCCGGGAGACGUCCGAGGCUUCAGCCUGACAUUUAACGCGGGUGUUCUGGCAAUACGCCCAUCCUCGACCGUCCUUCAGGACAUGAAGGAGAAGACCGAAACGGCGAGAUACCCAGCUCUACAAGCAGAGCAAUCGUUCUUGAACCUGUAUUUUGGCGCCAAAGCAGCGCGUCUGCCAUACAUCUACAACGCGCUCAUAGCCAUCAAGCGCAGGAAUCCAGUUGUCUGGAAAGAGCUGAAAGAGGAAUUAUCCAUCGUGCACUACACGGACCACAAACCGUUCCUCUUGGAUGGUCAGCCGGGGGAGAAUAUCUUGACGGCAGAGGAAACACGGAAGGCUGUAGAGGAGGCUCGGCAGAAAUACGGGCUAUGGUCUGAAGAGUUUGGAUGGUGGGGUCUGGAGUACGAGCGGAUGAUGAAAGAGAUGAACAGGAAGUUCACGCGGUGCAAGCCCUAG